GCGUUCCGCGAAGCUACCGGCGGGCAGCAUGGAGAGCGGGCAGCGGACGGAGGCCGGGGGCUGCGCGGAGGAGCCGGCCGGGCCCGUGUUCACGCUGGAGGAGGUGGGGAAGCGGAACUCCAACCGCGAGGCCUGGCUGGUUAUCCACGGGCGCGUCUACGAUGUCACCCGCUUCCUGGAGGAGCAUCCAGGUGGAGAAGAGGUUUUGCUUGAACAAGCUGGAAGAGAUGCCACAGAGAGCUUUGAAGAUGUUGGUCAUUCCACAGAUGCCAGGGAGAUGCUCAAGCAGUACUACAUAGGGGAGAUCCAUCCGGAUGACCGUAAAAAGGGAGGUUCCAAGGAUCAAAACAGGACAUCCUCAGGACAAGCAAGCUUCUGGACAACAUGGCUAAUCCCCAUCUUUGGAGCACUAGUCAUAGGUUUAAUGUAUCGCUAUUACAUACUGGAUGGGAGAUCAUCUUGAACUGACCUUGAUAAGAUCUCAGAAAGCCUGGAGAAGCAAGUGUGAGAGAGAGUGCACGCACGCAACACAUGGAAUUCUGGUUCCCUUCACCUUUGAUGCCUUGCUUUUAGCUUUGUCAAGAGAUGUUCAUAUUCAUGGGACCAAGGUCAUAUCAAAUUGUCUUAACUCUGCCACCCAGGGAUCUGUCAUACUUCAGUUUUGCUGUGGCAGAGCAAGUGAAGCAUCCUGUUAUUGUUACAUCUGUGUGUGGUCUCCCUGGUGUGUGUGUGCUUGUGCUCUCUCUUGCUCUCUCAAGUAUAAUACAGAUAACCUAUUCCUUUCAAUGCCUUUUUGUUAAGCCAGACAACAUGAAACAGCUGCUAGUGAGCCUGUGGAUUUGCCUCAGUACUUCACAUAGCAUUGUCAGAAAUAAAUUGUGAGUUGUCUACAAUUCUGUCCAGAAAAGAUUUUGAGAGAUUCAAUUUCACAGUAACUUUCUCAGUGCAUGCAGGCAACACUAAUUAGAGCAGCAGGAAGUUGUUAGCUUUGCUACCUCUUUCUGUAAGUGUCUGUUUUUAACGGUUCAUCAAAUAUAAUUAUUUUAAAAGUGAUUCUGUUGAUUUUGUAGUAUUUCUACUUGUCCUUUUAACAUGUAUAUUCUGUGAAACAAUGUAUGCCUUGGAUCCUUGUUUGUUCGGGUGCUUUUGUGCUGUGUGGCAAUGCCAGAACUGGGAACUGACAUGUGACUUCUUGAGAUGGAGUUUUUUCUUCCUCCCUGGGAUUUUGAUCCAACACAUGUAUUGGAAACAAAACUCAUUCUUACUGCCUGUGAAUCUGCACCAGAUGGGGGGGGAACCCACAGAUAAUCCUGCCUCUCCUUCCUAAAUAAAAAGAGAAAAGAAAUCCA